AUGGUGGAGAGGGGGUUCACGUUGGCGAUCGUGGCCGAGCCCCACCGCCCCCCAAGAAGCAGCCCAUAUCGGGCUGUUGGGCAGGCGGGGGACUCGGUCGCGAUCCGAUGGCGGUCGGUGCCGGGAGGGCCCAGCACGACCCCCAUCGAAAGUGGGCAACGGCACGUAGCUGUGCAGUGGGGGCCCAUCGCAGACGUGGGGGUUUAUUUGAGGCCCACCAGACGCCUUGCCCCGUUUAAGGGCUGGCUAUCGGACCUGGGACAGACGGUCCUACGUCUGAGUCCGAGGCCGGUCCUCGUGGCCGGGGACUUCAACGCGUGA